CCCGCGGCCUCCUGCCAGCUACUGUAACCGGCCGAGCUCCGGGUCGUGUUCGAGUCUGUACCCGAGGACCGAAACAUGCUUCCAUCUUCACUGUAAACACCGCGGAACAUCUGGAAACACCAGGAAGCAGCCUCAGUUCCCAUCAAGCAGCAGCAGCAGCCAGCCAUGUCGUGCCGGGACAUCCACGCCACCAACGCUUUCUCCUUCAUCAUCGCCUUUGUGUCCGUGGGUGGGAUCGUUGUGGCGGCGGUAAUCCCACAGUGGCGCAUAACCAGACUCGUCACCUUCAAUCGCAACGCCAAGAAUAUCAGCGUGUAUGAUGGGCUGUGGGCUAAAUGUGUGAAGCAGGACGGCUAUUCGGGAUGUUACUACUAUGAUUCAGAGUGGUACUCUAAAGUGGACCAGCUGGACCUGCGGCUCUUGCAGUUCUGCCUCCCUAUCGGCCUGAUGUUCGGCUCGUUUGCGCUGCUGCUGUGCAUGGCUGGGAUGUGCAAAACCUGCUGCUGCUCAGACAAGCCCGAACCCGACAUCAAAACCAUCCGCUUCCUGGUGAACAGCGCCGGUUGUCACCUGGUGGCCGGGAUGUUCCUGUUCCUGGGCGGAGCCAUCGCCAUGGCGCCCUCCGUGUGGUUCCUGUUCCGCACCAAGGAGCUGAACAUCAGAUACGACCACAUUUUCUCCGAUGGCUUCGCCGUGUACGUGUCUAUUGGCUGCUCCGGAGGCCUGAUGCUGGCGUCGCUGCUCAUGUUCAUGUGGUACUGCAUGUGUAAGAAGCUGCCCUCGCCCUUCUGGUUGCCUCUUCCCUCCAUGUCCAACUCUCUGUCCACCCAGCCGCUAACGGCUAACGGGUUUCCUCCUUCCCCAGUUUACGGACCGCAGCCGUUCCCGCCGCAGACGUUUCCUCCCACGGUGAUCGACGCCCAGCCUUUUGUGCCCUCGCAGGGUUACGCUCAAAGUGUGGUCGCCCCGGCUCCUCCACAGGUGUACAUGUCUCAGCUUUCUGCUCCGGACGGGUACGGAUCAGAGGUUGGAGGGACGCAGGCCUACAGCUACGCCCCCUCCCAAAGCUACGCCCCCUCCCAGAGUUACGCCCCCUCCCAGAGUUACGCUCCAUCCCAGAGUUACGCUCCAUCCCAGAGUUACGCUCCCUCUCAGGGCUACGCCUCCAGCUACGCCGGCCAGCGCUACUCCACCCGCUCCCGGAUGUCAGCCAUAGAGAUCGACAUUCCCGUGCUGACCCAGUCGCAGUGAGAGAGUCCGGUAACCUCAGCACAUCGAAGGCUUCUGUCCAUGAGCCUCCGUAGAGUUCACCACUGAUAAAACUAAUAGACUGUGAUGUACGAACGUUAAUAACAUGAGAGCCAUUUGCAGGCUCCGGAGUGAUAGUUUCAGAAAUUCUUUCAGGCAGAUCAGGUCUGCAAAUUGCUGAAUAUAGAAGCUGAGAGUCUGUCAAAACUACCCUGGAGCUACUUUAUGAAGGAUAAGAUGUUCUGUUAUAUCAUGAUUACUGAAGCACAAGUGCAGACUCUGUGUUCGGCUUACUGCGGUGGAAAGGAAGGAAACUUAAUUCACAGCCAAAAAUACCGAAAGACGCCUCAACCAGCGGGCUCGUUUCACUGUUUUACCAGCAGAGCAGGACCACGACAUGGUGAUUCCUCACUCGCUGACGUGGCCGACGGACCAACUUACUAACUACAGCUACGUUUCAUAGGUGGUUUAAGCCUCUGAACUCCGAGUCCUGCACCUUUUGUGGAACCAGCACAACCAUGACGACAACGUGGGAAACUCAGAAAUGUCUCCUGUGCAGUAUGACUUAGUUAAAAUGGCAGAAAUCACAAAAAUGGACAAAAAAAAUAGAAUUUCCUUGAUCUAAUUUUACAAAAUGUUAAAAAAACAACAACUUGGAAUUAAAAUGUCAGACAUUUUCUCACAGCUAUUACAAUACUGCUAAAAAAUUCUCACUCAAAAUACUUUUUCAAAAUUUUGCUGCUUAGAUUUUUCAUUUGUUUCCAGACUUCUGCUUCUGCCUGCAGUUCAGCUGAAACGUGACUGUUUGUUAUAGUGAGUCACUAAUAGUUUCCAGGUUGCGCUGAAGAGUCCAGAAUCUGAAAAGCAAAUUAUUUUGAAUUUGUUUCUGGCCAGUUUUUAAAUAGGACAAGUCGUUUGACGACAUCUGAUCAUUUUAGACUACGUUGUGGUUCGUUUUCUCGUCUGAAAGCUGAAAAUCCAUCAAUUCUGUUUUUUUUUAACAGUUUCUGGUGCUGAUAAACGGUGUCAUAUAAAACAACAACAACAACAACACGCCUUUUAAACCUGCUGGCGGGUUUUUGCGGUUCAGAGGGUUACCGUAAAUCCACAGUCUUGACAUUCCGCUGAAGAAACACAGAUUGUCGGCACGACGACUAUUUUCUGUUACAUUUUUUGUUGCCUUCAUUUGCAAAUAACUAAACUAUGGAAGUAUUUCUGUUGUCACUACUAAACAUGAGGGCCUGCUUGUACUCACACACUGAUUAUUACGCCACUUUUUAGUCCUGUUACUCAGGCCCCGGUGUCUCUUAGAUACUGUAAAUAUAACACUAGGUUAACACUGACUUUAUAUCCUGUGAUCCUGAGUUAAAACUACUAACUAGCGAGCCGCGUUUCCAUUAUUUAUUAUUAAUGCACAUUUUAAAGUAUUGUAUGAGGAGAAAGUUAAUGGAUAAUAGAAAAAACUUUUUUUUUCUGACAGAAACACCUUCUACAGUUGCCAUAAAACAUGUCCGACACCUGACGUGACAGAAUCACAACAGCUUUCCAGAUUCCUGAGCACCUCUCUACAUUUUCUCUCUCUCAGAUCAGAUUUCAGAGGUUCGCUUCGAUAAACGGUUAAAUGGAAUCACGGCUACUGACUCACCUGUUUGUACUGUCUGUCGUUGAAUUGUUAAUAGUGUCGCGGUGCCCUGUGAAGAGCAGCUGUUAUAUAUAUUUUUAAUGCACUAAUUUGCGUGAACGCGGUGCCAGUUUACAUUGCCUUUGCUCUCUAAUUGUAUCGAGUGUUUGUUUUGUUUUUUCUAUUGCGUCUAACACAUUAAUCAUUUACUGUAACAAACACUUUAAUGUCACGGAUGACGUUCGCUGUUAAAUCUGGUGUACAAAAGUGAUUUUGAUGUAGAAUUUUGUUAUAAUUGUGGCUUCUUGUCCGCUGAUCGAGCAGAUAAAACGUCUGCAGUGUUUCGUUUGCUAACUUCGCUGGAAAUGUGACGCAAUGUGAAGUUUCAGCCAAAUUCAGAUUGUUGCCUUUAUCUGUUUUUUUUUUUUUGCAUUUCCAGCCCUGAUCAGCGUUUUUAUGUUAUUAUGAGAUCAACGAAAUAGUCAAAGGAACAUGUUUUUUUUUUUUUACACUGUUACCUUUUUGUUUUCAAUAAAACAUAAUCACAAAAUAA